AGAUUACAGAUGAGGGGCGCGGCCUUCUGUGUUUACUAGUGCAGAGAAGAACUACUGGUUACAGGCAGUGGCAUAGCGCCCCACGGACUGCAUUUCUCUGUAGGGCACCCUCACAGUCUUAUUGGGCAUGAUCUCAAAGCCACAACUGUUCCUGCAGUAACGAUAACAUACAAAUCUCCUAUUCUUCUGUGUUGCUGGAGAGAAGCACAUACAAAGUCUCACUUAGGUGCUAAAGUGCACAGAUCUUUCUCACUAUGGAACCUUGCUCAUGUGACACAUUUGUUGCGCUUCCUCCUGCAACCGUCGGCAACAGAAUCAUCUUUGGGAAGAAUUCCGAUCGACCCCAUGAUGAAGUACAAGAAAUUGUUUACUUUUCAGGAAAAUGUUAUGCAGCUGGUGAGAAACUGGAGUGCACAUACAUAGAAAUAGAACAGGUGAAACAGACGUAUGCAGUGGUUUUAAGUCGACCGUCCUGGCUAUGGGGGGCCGAGAUGGGAGCGAAUGAGUUUGGCGUUUGCAUUGGAAAUGAAGCCGUGUGGGGAAAGGAGGAUAUUGGUAAAGAAGAGGCUCUCUUGGGCAUGGAUCUUGUGAGGCUUGGACUGGAAAGAGCUAGGACAGCAGAAGAAGCAGUGGACGUCAUUGUUAGCUUGUUAGACCAAUAUGGCCAAGGGGGAAAUUGCAAUGAGGACACAACACCCUUUCUGUAUCACAACAGUUUCCUCAUUGCUGACAGAAAGGAAGCUUGGAUAUUAGAAACUGCUGGUGAUUUUUGGGCCGCUGAGAAAGUUGAAGAAGGCAUAAGGAAUAUAUCCAACAACUUUUCUAUUACCACCAAGAUUGAUCGCGAACACCCUAAAACAAGACCCCAUGCCAGUAACAAUAGUUGGUGGGAUGGCGUUCAGGAAUUUAAUUUUGCAGGAGCAUAUUCAUGGCACUACCCUUCAAAAUCAUCAUCUCACGGAGACAGAUACUGCGAAGGCUAUAAACUGCUCAAGAAGCACAACGGAAACAUGACGGCUGAAGCAAUGAUAGAAAUACUUUCUGACAAGAGAAGUGGCGUUAAUAUGGAAGGAUCAUUCAGGACAACGGGAAGCAUGGUGUCUAUUCUGCCACAGGACCCCAACCAGCCAUGCUGCCACUUCUUUACUGGUACACCAGAUCCUUCCAGAUCCGUUUUUAAGCCAUUCAUAUUUGCACCACAGAUUGAGCAGCUUCCAAAAACAGCAUCACCAUCUUUUGGUUCAGAUGACCCUGUCAAGCAACUUCCCCGAUUUCAAACCAGACCUGACAGGAGGCAUGAGCUGUGGAGGAAACAUGAAUCUGCCCUGAAAAACAUGGGAAAUGAAAUGUUGGGGAAGAUGAAGAAUCUGGAAAAACAGAAGCUUAAAGAGGUGGAAUGUAUAUUAAAUGGUGGAGAUGUGGAUCCAGCGUCACUGGCAAUGCUCUUUCCCAACAGUGUGGAAGAUGAGAUAAAGAUUUAUGGAUAACCUAUUCAGAAUAAACCAGCAUGCUGCUUUUUCCAGUGUUUUAAUAUGUAAAGUGGUUUUAAACCCUACUGCACUGCUCAACCAAAUUUUACGCAGUUGAUUCCGGACUACAAAUCCCAGAAUAAUGUAACCUAAAAUGAAGGCUGCGGCAUGGUGGGAGCUGUAGUCCAGCAACAUCAGGGUUGUAUACUUAAAGCAAUAUUGCACAAUGAAACUUUUUCCCAAAUCUCCACAAUCAGGGACUGCCUUAAAAAAAUCUUCUAAUGAGAAUCUCUGCUAAUCUGUGUAAAUCUGGCUCCCUGGUCUUUGUUCCUGUAAUUAGAGUUGGGAACAUUAAGCAGUUUCCUAUCUCUGAACAAGUCUGUCCUUAUCCCCAUGUCUCAUUCCUGUGUCAUAUAAUGAAGGGAAAAAAAUGACAUAAUGAUCUCUAUCUGUAAGAUAACAGCAAGAUGCCUGACAGUGCUGGCAAUCAGCAUUCUCAUUGGUCAACUGUGUUAAUGACUUUUUAAACAGUUGAAGUCUGAUUGGUGAGUUUAGUCCAUGUGUGGGCCCUGCCUGAUCAAUAUGUGGCUAAAAACAUAUCAAACCAUAUAUCGAUCAGGCAGGUUGAAAAUUGGCGAGGACCACACUGGCCUGUUAGUGUAGUCCUCUCCCAACGAGUCUUCUUAGGCCUCCAUUACCCAUUACGACUGUUUGCAAAUGGGCAGAUCUUACCAUAUUUUUUAUUUUUAAAAAGAAGUUUUUAUUUUUGAAUCUUAAAUACUUCCAAUGGAGUAAAAUAGCUUUUUUAGCAUAGUAAAGGAACUGGAGAGUUUAGUGCAGCAUCAGGGUCCUGAUUUCCCCCGAGUGGGAAAUUGGGUUCUGAAGGCGUGCCUAAGUUGUAGGUACUAACAGAACAUGGAUUGAGGCAAUUGGUGGCUAUCAAUGAGAGUUUGGCAUUCCUUUAUAUCUUCAUUUUCCAUUAUGCCAUGUCAAAUUUUGAUUCCUUGGGUGGCCCAACAGUUGAUAUCUGGUAGCACAUUAUAAUGGAGAGACCCAUUUCACCACAGUGGUGUCCAGCAAAACCAUACUGGCCAAGUCAGUUGCACAUGCUUGUGGGAGUUUUGAAAUAUUUGAACUACUGUGAGUAUUGGAGUUGUGGUGGUGCAAAAUGAGGAAGGACCCCUAUAGCGUAGUGUAGCUAGGGCCUCCAAAGAGCCUAGCACUGAAGGUUUGUAGAAGGGUAAUCUAGCUGGGGGACAAGCCACCAUUGCACAUGUUAGUUGGCUGGCCCAAAAAUAAAGCAUGACAUUGGGUAGGGCCAGGCCCCCACAUGUCCUGGCAGGUUGCAAGGUUAUAAACCAAUAAGUAUGUGGUCAAUCAGGGUUUCCAGGGGGAGGGGAUCCAAGUGUAGAUUACUGAUUUAGAUUGAUAGAUCCAUAGUACUUGUACAAGGUCCCUGUCUGGAUUGGCUGAAUACAGUAACAUAUGGUCUGCAUAUUAAGAUAUUUUUUCAACAACUGCCUGUCGAUACUUCCUGGGAAUCCCUAAUUCAUAUGGCCAGGGCAAAGAGCAAUGGGGAGAGGGCAGCCUUAUCUUGUCCCAUGCCUAAGAUGUGUAACGUUAGAGAAGGCCAAAUCUUACGCUUUAUGAUUACAGUACAAAGUCUGUACCUUGUCACAAACUUAACUUGUGUUAAAUCAUAGAUAUUACCUGCUUUUCUGAGGGAGAGCAUAUAACUAUUCUAUGCCGAUGCUUGUGCAGGGCCAAACCCCAUGCUAAACUAGCCGUGCAAGCCUUGUGUUUCAGUCUGCUGGCUUUUAGGGGUGCAAGAUGUGUCCAUUAAGCAUGGAAACUAAUCAUAUUUAAACCACUGACCUUUCUAUUACAACUGUGCAAUUCAGAUACAGAAAAACGCAGACAUUACUGGGAAAUAACAGCUAAGGCUGCAAGAAUGUUUUCACAUAUGCAUUUGCUUUUAUUUUGUAAAAUAUUUAUAAUGAGGUAUGUUGUAGAGUUAUUAAUGUUGCAGUUAUUGCAGAAGCUGUGCUUUUCUUUUGUCAUUUACUCAAGUAAAAAGGCAUUGAAUAAAGCUGGCUAUAUAUGUCA